AUGAACUCAACUUCUAACGAAACCCUCUCUUGUGAUGUUUAUCAAUCGGGUGGAAUUCGAAUAUCCAUCAACGCAACACUAAUUCUUGUCAUCAUUAUAGGCGGAGUUGGAAAUUCUUUGCUGACUAUUCUUGUCCUCCGCAACACAGAAAUGCAUUCCAUCAUCAAUGUGUUGCUGGCUCUCAUGUCAGUAUCUGAUGCUGCCCUCUCCAUUAUUUGUGCGCCACUGGAUCUAAUUACUGUCAUAAAUCACGAAUGGAUAUUUGGAACUCACAUGUGCUGUGUACACGCUUUUCUGUUAUCAGUACUAGUAGUACAAAACGUUGUAAUAUUGGUGAUAAUUAGCAUAGAUAGGUAUUAUAUAUUAAUUCAUAAAGAGACCCAUCUUUACGGAUGCAGACCGACUUGGUUGAUAUGUGGCUGUCUGACAUUUUCCAUAGUUGUUUCUAGUCCUCCAUUAUUUGGUGUGGGGCAAUUCACAUUUGUAAACGAGCAUUGCGGUCCAUUUCAAGAUCAAGGCAUUGGCGAUGUCAUUUAUUAUGGACUAUUUUCAAGCUUUCUUUUCGUAUUGCCCUGUGGUCUUUUACUGUUAGCUUACGUACAUAUUAUUUUUACCCUCAAGAAAAAAUCUUGCAAGAUCCUCCCAGAAGGCCACUCAGCCACAUGCAAUCAGUUUCUCAAGAGCCAUUACGACAUUGAUGUUCGCUUCAAACAGAAGACUUUUCCAACCAUCAUUUGCCUUUAUGUGGCUGCUAUGACUUUUAAAUUACCACUCGCAAUUACAUUGUUAGUGAAAAGUGUCACAAGGUCCAUUAGAUGUCCAGCCUCUCUACGGAUAGUUGUUCUAGCUUACGUCAAUUGUGCAGUUAAUCCUUUCAUCUACGCGUUUAAGAUAUCGAAGUAUUGGAUGGCCUUGACUGGUAAACUUGAAACUGUGAAGAAUCGAGUGAAUAGUUUGCGUUCAAAUAGAAGGAGUAAUCCCCAGAAUGUGUACCAAAUAUCUAGACCAUCAACCAGUUCUGUAAUAUAA